CGUUGCCGCCAUCGGAGGCGCGCUCAGGGAGCGGAGCCGCUCGCCGUGCCCCGCCCAGGAGGUGGCUCAGCGCUGGCCCCGCCCCCAGGCGCGGUGCCGGCCGGCUCCUCCUUCUGUCCUGUGGUGUCUCGCUCUUCCUCCCCGCCCGGCUUAUGGUUCUCGAAUUCGCCGCGCGGCUGCCUCAGCACCGAUGAGAAGACUUAGUCCAGUCACCCAGCCCAAUCCUGUCAUGCAGGUACAGGAAGAUGGAGACAACCUCAUCCCCUUUGCCAAGUGUUCCAGGGUGGUCAGGCGAUCUCCAACCUCCAGCUUGCCUUCCCAGAGCCUCAGACUGACGCCCCAGCAUUAUGGAGACAUCUGGGAGAACCUUAAUCAAAGGCCCAGCCCCACCUGGAUGGAGGAACAGUACAUCCCACCCCUGCUGCCUGGCAUGUACCCCCCUGAGGGGCUCCCACACCCUGAGAUGCUUUGCAGAAGAAAGAGGAGGAGGCCACAUUUGGCAGGAAUGCAGCAGGGAUCUGGGGGCAUCCCAGCCCGAGUAAGGGCUGUCACUGACCACCUGGAGGAUCUAAGGAGGUGACAGAGAAUCAUCAAUGAACUAAAGAAGGCCCGGUGGGGCAGCUCUGGGGCUGCAUCUGAGCCCCUGGUGCCUGAUGAAGCAGGCUGUGGAUUACCCAGCAUCACAGAAUACCCUGAACUGGAAGAGGAGAGGGCACCUUAUCCAAGGGAAGAGGACCACUUUCUCCCUCCUGGCAGGGCUCAGCUGCUUUGGUCUCCCUGGAGUCCCCUGGGCCUGGAAGGAUCUUGUCUCUCCAGGCAGCAGAGUUCUCUGCCCCACUCCAGCACUGUCACAGCCAGUAGGAACCCCCUUUACAAUCUGUGGGGGAUGGAAAUGCAGUCUGAGGAGUAAGGAGAAAUCAUCCAUGCCCAACAUGCCAAUGCUGCCUCAGGGAUCCAAGCCUCCUCCUCGUUGCUGGAAUCGUCCCCAUUUCUGGCAUCGAGGCAUUUCCCUUUCCUUAGCUUCCCCCCAGCUUCCUCUCCCCUACUCUGAACUCACAGCCCCCUUGGUCUCCCAUCUCCAUCCACACCUCUCCAGGAACUCCCCAAGGCCUGUUGCCACCUAGGCCCUGCUCCCGGGCACUGUGUUCUUUUCUCUGUUCUGUCAUUAAAAAGCAAACAAGCUGA